CCUGUUCUGUUGUGUUUUACAGGGAUGGAUAACAGGGAGUUUUCUCUGAACUGCUCUUGGGUAGAGAACACAUCUCUCCCUGCCUACUCCUCAACGUCCUCCUCCUUCACUGGGUUGGAUCUCCUAUUUGACCUGAAGCCCCUAUUCAUCCCUCUCUACUCCAUGGUGAUCCUGGUCGCCUGCUCUGGCAACCUCCUGCUGCUCUUCCUCAUCGGGAUCAACAAGAAGAGACACAACACCACCAACUUCCUGAUCGGCAACUUGGCGCUAGUCGAUUUGGUCAUGUGCAUCUUCUGCGUGCCCCUGACGGCCUCCUAUGCCUUCGACAAGCGAGGGUGGCUCUUCGGACGCUUCAUGUGCCACUUUGUCACCUUGAUGCAGUCGGCGACGGUUUUCGCAGCCGUCUUGUCACUCACAGCCAUUGCAGUGGACCGGUACGUCGUUGUGGCCUAUCCCAUUCGCAGGCGGUUGGGUUGCCAGUUUUGCUGGGGUUUGGUGGCUGCCAUCUGGUUGUGUAGCCUUGCGUUCUCCACUCCCACGGCUCUCCACAUUGGCUACCUGGACCUGAGCGCCACCGGUCUCCACAUGGUCGUCUGUGAGGAGUUCUGGCAUGGCCAGGAGCGGAGACGCCUUGUCUACUCCUGCUUUGUCCUGGUCUUCUCUUACUUUGUGCCACUCGCCGCUGUGUCUGCAUCCUACCUCGCUAUCUCCUACCACUUGAGACAAAGGAACAUUUCUGGUUUGAUGGCGGCGGGUCCUGUUUCCAAUCAAAUGAACUGGGGGAGAAAGAGAAGAAAGACUUUCUGCCUCCUCCUUGUGUCCGUGCUCUGCUUCGCCUUCUCCUGGCUCCCUCUUCAGGUGGUCAAUCUCAUCCGCGACCUGGAUACUGACUUCACCAUCCUGGGCAAGAGCCACGUCAACGUGAUCCAAGUGUCGUGCCACCUGUUAGCUAUGAGCUCGGCGUGCUACAACCCAUUUAUCUACGCGUCGCUCCACGACAAGUUCCUGUCCUGCCUGUGUCAUCGUGACCUCUUCCCCCGUCACAGAGGAGUGGGGGGUCGAGGGCCAAGGGGAAACAGCAGCAGCUUCAUGACAUCCCACCGACUGCACCGUGUGAACACCUUAUCCACCCUGGGCGACAUCCCGGUGGUUCUGGGGAACAAGAUGCCACAGGAGAGCUGGCCGUUGCGGCAGGCACAUAAGUCCUCAACCACUACAAUAAUUGACCAUAAUUACAUGUAGUUGGAGUUUGAAUGAGGAAGCACCUUAUGGCACAUGGGCCAGAGCACUGAAAGCAAAGGAUGUAUCUGAAAGAUCAAUUUUCUCCCCUUUGACCUCAUCCUCUAAUUAAUUCUGAGAAGGACGUCAGGAGAGAGUAAUCAAGAAAAUACUAUUGAGAUAGAGUCCCUAUCGCUGAGAAGUCAACCAACAAAACAUUUGGAAAUCAGGUGGGAUGAGGUUGGCACCAAUGUAGCUGACAGCUGCACCUGAAUGAGCACGGAUCCAUGACAAAACAAUAUAUUUCUGAGCUUACAGUCACUGGUAGUCAUUGGUAGACGAUAACUGCCAAAAUAAAGGAAACACCAACAUAAAGCGUUGGGCAACCACCAGCCAGAACAGCUUCAAUGCACCUUGGCAUAGAUUCUACAAGUGUCUAGAACUGUAUAGGAGGGAUGCGACACCAUUUUCCUAUAAGAAAUUCCAUAAUUUGGUGUUUUGUUGAUGAUGGUGGAAAGCACCGUCUCAGGCGUCGCCCCAGAAUCUCCCAUAAGUGUUCAAUUGGGUUGAAAUAUGGUUUACAUAAUUUCAUGCUCAUCAAACCAUU